AAACACCGUCGUUUUAUCAAUCAAAAAGAGAAGAAAGAGAAGUUUAGCAGAGUGCAGAGUAGCAAAGGUCCCAAAACCUAGCUCAGUUUUCCGCCGUCGCUUGCACCGCAGCUCAAUCGCUACACCGCUCCACACACUACAGCUACAUCCAAACUAUUCUCUUUUUACCCUAAAACCUCAACACUCGAAGUAAACCCUUAAAAUCUCAUUCCAAAGAUGCAACACGAUGAGGUUAUAUGGCAAGUUAUCAGGCACAACCAUUGCAGUUUCAUGGCAAAAAUUGAGACGGGAAAUUUUUGUAGAAACCCUUACAACAUCACUGGAAUUUGUAACCGAAGUUCGUGUCCUUUAGCUAAUAGUCGCUAUGCCACCAUUCGUGAAGACAAUGGAGUGUUUUACCUUUACAUGAAAACUAUUGAAAGAGCUCAUAUGCCAAAGGAUCUGUGGGAAAGAGUUAAGCUACCUAGGAAUUACGAGCAGGCACUUGAAGUCAUAGACAAAAAUCUGAUGUAUUGGCCCAAGAUUCUUAUCCACAAGAUAAAACAACGAUUGACCAAAAUGACCCAGAUGCGGAUACGUAUGAGGAAACUUGCUUUGAAAACAAGAGAGAUAAUAAAGACAUUGCCAAGGAAAGAAGUAAAGAGAGAAGCUAGAAGAGAACAAAAGGCCGAAAAAGCAGCUGUGCUAAACAAGGCCAUUGAGCAAGAGCUAGUUGAACGCCUUAAAAAUGGACUUUACCAAGAAAAUGAUAUAGUCAACUAUCCUUUUGAAGCAUACAAGAAAGUUGUUGAUUUAGAGAAUCGUCAACCUGCUGAAGAAGAGGAAGAAUUGGAAAUAGAAAGAGAAUAUGUAGAAGGUUAUGAGUUUGAAGAAGAAGACGACAUAGAAGAUUUUGGCGCUUUUGCAAUUCACGAGUCACAGGGCAAUGACAGCGAUGAUGAAAAUGAUGGAAGCGCCGAGGAUGAAGAAACCGAAGCACUUAAUCAAAGAAAAGCCAAAAGGAAAAUGACUUUAGCUUCAAAGAAACUUGAAAAGGAUGACCCUAAAUCAAAGAAAAAGAGGGUCCUUGUUGAGGUGGAACACGACGGUGCUGACGAAAGACAAACAGCUGUACUGUAGACUGUUGUUGCAUUUUGUGUUUGUUACUAAUAGGAGAGGGAAGCUGCUAGACGAGAAACCGAAUUUUGAUUGUCAUAUCUUCAAAUUAGUUUUGUACUGUGGAAGAAAAAAGAUCUUGAAGCAUUUUAAAUUAUAUACAAUUUCUUUUCAAAUUAUCUUCCUUUUAUUUGGAAGAAGGGCAGUGUUGGCAAAUGAAAAAAAUUGUAUUUUGUUUGGUUUGGUCGAGCCGGAGCAUCUCAAAUUCUCAAUCCUACUUUGUUUGAGGAGAUUGUGAUUGAUCAAAUUUUGUAUUAUUACAUGGUUUUUCAGGAUUUUGGAAUUCGUUAUAAUAAUUAUUUUCAAAAGUUAAGAACAUUA